UUCAGCAUCACUUCUCUCUGAGGAACAGUUAAGGUGUCUUCUGGAUGAAUGCUCCCUCAAACAAAAGUCCAUGAUUAGACUACCUUCAGAAAGAGAAAAGGAAGACAUGGAGGAUAUAACACCAGAGGUCCCCCAUCUUUCCAGAUCUAUCCUCUCUGAGCUCCUAAAGGGAUUAAAAACAACGGUCACAAGCUCUGAGGUGAAAGACACAGAUAUGCCUGAGAAUACGGAAUGUGAAACACUUACAGGCUACUAUCUCACCAAAGCCUUGACUGGGCGUUACACAUCCCAGGCCCUUGUCAUCGAAGCAGAGAAUUUGAAAUGCCUCCAGUUUUCCAAGGACGAGGUUAUUAGUGACACAAAAGACUACUUUAUGUCGAAGACUCUUGGCAUUGGAAGACUGAAGAGGCCCUCCUUCUUGGAUGAUCCACUGUAUGGCAUGAAUGCGAGCCUUUCUUCCGAAGACCAACAUCUGAAAGUCCACGCUGCAGAGAAACCAGAAACGGAUGAACAGGAGACUGAAGAUAUGAUAGAAGAAUGUAAAGAAUCUUAAGCAAAGACUUGCUGGGCGUGUUCUGAGAAAGUUGGGUAAAUUCAAUUACAUAAUUUUUUUCUGAAUUCUUAUAUUCAAUGACUGCAUUUAUAGGGACCAUUCCUCAAAUAAUGAUGUUAAUAUUUGGAUUUUCUCUACCUGGAUUAUAUUUCUUUGAUAUUUUUGAGACUUGAGGUACAAUUGGUCAGUGGGGUUUUUUUUCAUUGAAAUUUCUUGUAAAAUUGUAUUUUAUUGCCAAUCUUGUAACAUCAGGGAUACAUUAUAGAAACCAACAUUUUAUGUAUGUGUGAGUUACCUUAAAACUAGCUCAAGUGCUAUGAUGACUUUGUGUUUGAUUUUAUGUGUUACAACUUCAUUGGGAUUCAGACAGAUUUAAUCACUGUGAAUUCUUACUUGGGCCCUGAUUUUCCAGAUUUCCUCCUCUCUGAUGUCUGGUGGUAAGUAUAACUUGCCAAAGGGGGAAAAAUUUUUUUUUUCUCAACAAAGCAAUGUUAGCAUAGACUUUGCUUUCUUAUUAACAGUGAUACUUUGCUUAAAUAGGAGUUUGACUGAAUUACUUGAUUUAAAAAAAAAUUAUUUGAAAGCAAGAGAGAGAGUGAGAGUGAGAGACUAAGUGAGCACAAGCAGGUAGAGAGGCAAGCAGCAGGAGAGGGAGAAGUAGGCUCCCUGCUGAAUAAGGAAUCUGAUGCAGGACUUGAUCCUAGGACUCGGGGAUCUGAGCCAAAGGCUGUCACUUAACUGACUGAGCCACUCAGGAGUCCCUGAAUUACUUGAUUUUUAUUAUCAGUUAUCAUCUUUCAGAAUGCAGCAACUAUAUCAUCCUGUUGGAGAGUGUAUUUAUGUCAGAAUUUUGAGCAGAGGUUCUAUGCCUUUCUUUGAUUGAACCGAUUUAAUCAUCUUCUCAUCUCUGAAGCAAAUUCUGUGGCCAGGGGAUGGGCUGUGAUAAUUGGUGUAGUCAGGGAUUCAUGCUUGCUUUUUCUAGAUAGGAGCUGGGUUAAUCUGCCUGGAGUAACAUGUAGAAAUUAUGGACAGUAGUAAAAAGUAAGCAGUAGCAAGACAUAGUCACAUAAAUCCACACUGUUUCCCAAUGAGAAUGCUAUGGUAAAUGCUCUAAUUUUAAAUAGAUUGAAGAUGGGGGGGGGUUAAAUAAUAAAUAAUUGUUAAAAUAUUAAAUAAUGUGUUGAUGCUCUCCAUGCUAAACUGACAGAUGUCAUAGAAAGAGACAUCCACUUUCUAGAUAGUAAUUUGAUACACACCUCUUAUAAAAAGACCACAUAAAGAGGUCUUCUAAAUCUUCUUUUUGGUUAGUCUUAUGUUAUACUGGAAAUGGAUGGGUGAUAUUCUUGAAACAUGGGUAUUAAUCAAAAUGCUAUAAAUACCAUAUAGAGAGGGAAAAGGGAAGACACUCAGACUUUUUUUCUAGAGUGCACUAAAAGAAAUUAGAAAGCAGCAAAGAUCAGCUACUUAAGAAAAGUUGUGUGGCUCUAUUUUAAGAGAGGUUUGUCUAGUUACAGGUUAGUCACUUGGAUUCAUGAGAGCAAUUUAUGUCCACACUUUUUGACAAUGAAUUGGCUCUACAAGUCCAGUUUAUUUCUGAUGAAAAAGAAAUGAGCAGGUAAUCGUGCUGCCUUUAAUGAAGUUUGGAGGGAUAAGUAUGUCGCAUGACUAUUUUUUGCUUACCUGUUUCAUCACCUGUUAGUGGAUGAUGUUAACGAUGACUUUAAAAAAUGAAUUCUGUGCUACUAUUUUCAGAGGAAUCGAUAGGCAAUUUCUUUUUUGAGCUGCCUCUUUCAGUUGACAUGAAAAUAACAACGGUUCUUGUUGAUGUCAAUGUGUGACAGUGUAAUUCAUCUUGAUGUGAAGGAUUUUGUUGGGGGGUACCAGCAGAAGUGAAAGUCAUGCUUUUAGACUCUCCUAGCAAUGACGUGUGUUGUAAGGUUUAAGUCAGGGGAGAGGUGACAUGGGUGGGAAUUUGGAGUGGUGACAGAGAGGAGCCAUUUUGGCCCAAUACCCUUUUUGAGGAGCUCAGCUUUCUAAACCUGUGCUUCUGGUAUUUGAGUGUGUGUGUGUGUAGGGGGGUUGAGAGCUUAUGCCUUCCUAAUGUGUUUCCGCAAAUGGUAUUUGGGGUAUAAUGAGCCUUUAUGUUAUAGAAGUUUAAGAGAAGAGAAGUAAGAUGGAAUGAUCUUAAAUAAUGGAUUUUGCCAUUGAAAGAGCUGACACCAUUCAUUCCAUAGCACAUCAACUGAAGGGACCUCUAACAGGGACUGGUAAGCUGAAUAUAGACUAUAAUUCAGAUGAGACCAGGUACAAUCAAGGGUAUAAUGUAAUGCAACAUGAAGACUCCAGGUUUUGUUUUGUUCUAAAUAUUAUCCUGUAAGGGAGAAAAUGUUCUUAUUAAAAAUCAGUGCUUUCCCCAAGAUACAGAUGUAGUGAAAAGAAGGGCCAUAUGCACCCCAAUAUUCAUAGCCACAAUGUCCACAAUUGCCAAACUGUAGGAAGAGCCUAGAUGCCCUUCAACAGAUGAAUGGAUAAAGAAGAUGUGGUCCAUAUAUACAAAGGAAUAUUACUCAGCCAACAGAAAGGUGAAUACCCAACUUUUGCAUCAACAUGGUUGGGACUGGAGGAGAUUAUGCUGAGUGAAAUAAGUCAAGCAGAGAAAGUCAAUUAUCAUAUGGUUUUACUUACUUGUGAAGCAUAAGGAAUAACAUGGAGGACAUUAGGAGAAGGAAAGGAAAAGUGAAUUGAGAGAAAUCAGAGGGGGAGAAGAACCAUGAGAGACUGUGGACUCCUAGAAACAUAAACUGAGGGUUUUAGAGGAGAGGGGGGUUGGGAGGAUGGGUCAGCCUGGUGGUGAGUAUUAAGGAGGUCACAUAUUGCAUGGAGCACUGGUUUUUAUAGGCAAACAAUGAAUCUUGGAGCACUAUAUCAAAAACUAAUGAUGUGUGAUGAUUAACAUAACAAUAAAAAAGUAAAGAUAAAAAAAUGUAAUAAUGACACAAAGUAUAGGAAUAACUUCAUGCACACACACAAAAAAUCAGUUUUUAUUUUAAGGUUCCUUCUAGACCUCAGUCUUUGCCUUGCCCCAGAAUAAGAUAGAGAAGAAAAGCAGGAAAGAGAAUCUUCAGGAUCUUAAAAUUUGAGCUUUUUCUGCUUAUGACUUCUCAAGAAAACAACUGGCACCACCUUUAUUGUAAAUUCCUGAAGGACCCGAAGUUUAUGGCCUGUCAACUCUCUCUGGAACACAGGACCAUAAACUCUCGUAGCAGGAAAAAGGUAUCACCCUGAUGGCGUAAUUUUAAUUCUUACAAGCCCUUUGUUUCCAUGUAACCUACUGAUUCAAAGGUGAGUCUCAGAGUAAACAUGGAACAUGUCUGGGAAAAAGCUCCUGUUCCUAUACACUUUUUCUGUCCUAUCAGAAUUUUUAAAAAAAAUUAUAUUCAAUUAGCCAACAUAGAGUUCAUCAUUAGUUUUUGAUGUAGUGUUCAGGGAUUCAUUAAUUGUGUAUAACACCCAGUUCUCAUCACCACACAUGCCCUCCUUAAUACCCAUCACCUGGUUACCUCCUCCCCUCACUCCCCUCCCCUCUGAAACCCUCAGUUUGUUUCCUGGAGUCCAUAGUCUCUUGUGGUUUGUCUCCCUCUCUGAUUUCUUCUCAUUGUUUUCCCUUCAUUCCCUAUUGUCCUCUAUACCAUUGCUUAUGUUCCACAUAUGAGUGAAACCAUAUGAUACUUGUCUUUCUCUGUUUGACUUACUUCAGUUAGCACAGUCCCCUCCAGUUCCAUCCAUGUUGAUGCAAAUGGUGAAUAUUCAGCCUUCCUGAUGGCUGAGUAAUUCCAUUGUAUAUAUGGACCGCAUCUUUAUCUAGUCAUCUGUUGAAGGACCUCUUUGGCUGUUGUGGGCAUUGCAGCUAUGAACAUUGGGGGUACAUGUGCCCCUUGUUUUCACUGUCCUAUUAGGAUAUUUUCAGUGACUGUAGGCUUGCUACUUAAAAGUGAAUUAGAAUUCUCUUCCAAGACUUGCCAUGUUUGUGCUCCUCUCAGAAGGAAUGCUGUCCUUUUUGAAAGAAUUAUCUUUCAAAUCAGUUUUCCAAACUCUGUGACCCUUUCCAUACCUUCUAGUGAUUGAUUCUUUACCUGGGCACCAUGAAAUGAUUUGGCAGUUUAUGCUUCGAUAUGAUUAUGCUGCCUUCAAAGGAGAAGUGUUUUUAGAAUGAGACAGAAGUCAAUAAGAGUGUAUCUCAGUCUGUCAGUCAUUUCUAGAGUUCACUGGACUCCAAAGCCAGACCUUUAGCCUAUUCCUAAGAUUUUUGAUUCGACCUGUUCUUAUUAAAAAUGGAAAUUAAUUGGCCGGUAUUCUACAUUCAUUGUUAGCUCACCCGGAACUCAAGGUCUGCUUAAUGUAAUGCUUUGGCCUUCUCUUCAAAAACUAAUCUUAUGCUGAAAAAGCAUUUGACAAAGUACAGCAUCCCUUCCUGAUCAAAACUCUUCAAAGUGUAGGGAUAGAGGGCACAUACCUCAAUAUCAUCAAAGCCAUCUAUGAAAAACCCACCGCAAAUAUCAUUCUCAAUGGAGAAAAACUGAAAGCUUUUCCGCUAAGGUCAGGAACACGGCAGGAUGUCCAUUAUCACCACUGCUAUUCAACAUAGUACUAGAAGUCCUAGCCUCAGCAAUCAGACAACAAAAAGAAAUUAAAGGCAUCCAAAUCGGCAAAGAAGAAGUCAAAUUAUCACUCUUCGCAGAUGAUAUGAUACUAUAUGUGGAAAACCCAAAAGACUCCACUCCAAAACUGCUAGAACUUGUACAGGAAUUCAGUAAAGUGUCAGGAUAUAAAAUCAAUGCACAGAAAUCAGUUGCAUUUCUCUACACCAACAACAAGACAGAAGAAAGAGAAAUUAAGGAGUCAAUCCCAUUUGCAAUUAUACCCCAAACCAUAAGAUACCUAGGAAUAAACCUAACCAAAGAGGCACAGAAUCUAUACUCAGAAAACUAUAAAGUACUCAUGAAA